ACGAGGCUAUAGCCUCGGGCAAGCAAUAUUUCACUAACGUCGCAUCUUGACAGGACGAGGGCCAUCUACUCCCAUUGCAUGUCUUGGCGAAAUAACAGGUCACGAUGAACCUCCGUGACGUAAUACUCACCUUCACCUCCGUCCUCGUGGCCUUCAGUCGUGCUCACCAAGGUCACCACCAUGCGGAAACACAAGCAGUCGAGGGGUUCCACGAAGCCGGAAAAAACGAACAACACAUCAAAGAACACAUGCAGAACGAGAUGAACACACAAAGGCAGAUGUCACCACAGGAACUAGAGUUCCACUACUUCCGCCUCCACGACACCAACAACGACACGAUGCUUGACGGUCUGGAGAUCCUGCAGGCUCUGUCGCACAUGCUGCCGCCCAACAACCUCCAGCCUCACGAAGUCCAGGGCAAGACCGAGGAGCAGAUAGAGACCAUGAAACAAGACAGACACAAGCUCAUGUUCAAGAACUAUGUUGAAAUCAUUGAUAAAGUGCUCCGUGAUGAUGACAGAGAUGGGAAUGGUUACCUUAGUUACCCAGAAUAUGUCCUCGCUAGGAGAAGGGAUGAGCAUCGCAUGCGUCAACAACACGAAGAGAUGAUGAAGCAAGGUGCGCAAAUGCAAGGAUAUCCAGGAGGACAUCCUCCCCAAGGAUACCAGCAACCUCCUCCACAAGGGUACCACCAACAACCCCCACAAGGGUACCAGCAACCUCCUCCACAGGGAUACCAACAUCCUCCUCCACAAGGGUACCAGCAACCUCCACCACAAGGGUACCAACAACCACCUCCACAGGGAUACCAGCAACCUCCACCACAAGGGCACCAACACCCUCCCCAGGGAUAUCAACAGCCUCCACAGCACGUACACCAACCUCCACAACACGUACACCAACCUCCACAGCACGUACAGCAACCUCCACAACAUGUACAACAACCUUCCCAAGCCCCUAAAUAAAGAUUCAUGUGAACCUAUGAACAUAUGUAUUGAUGGCCGGAUGCGGUAGUGGUGCCCAAUACAUCUCAUGUGAUGGGGUUGUGGAUGUCAUUUGAAAGUCAAAUGAAUUGUGAGCAUUGGUAUGAUAGAACUAUCCAUUGAUGGAAUGAAUUGAAGAAGUCAUGAGCUGGGGAUGUUCAGUGGUGUGCUUGGAUUUUAUAUCAAACAUUGAGACAGUUUCAAAUUAUUUUGUUGGCUAUGACGUGAACGAUCUACACCACAUGCAUGUGCUCCAGUGUCACAGAAUUCAUGUGUAGUGCAAUAUUGUCAACGGUUUUGUUUCAUUUGUUUUUGUGAGUGAACGGGAAUGGUGAGAGAUCGCAAGAAAUGUAAUAUUGCAUUAAGUUCAUGCUGCUUAACGUUGUCACCAUGGCAACGAUCAACUUCUUUGAGUGGCAUUUUAAGAGUUGGAAAGUACAAUAUUGACAAACUUUAUGGACGACAACUUCUUUAAUGUCGUGAGUGCUUGACAACGAGACAAGAAUCUGUAGCGGAACGUCGCACCCACGGUUUUAAAGACGUUGUUAUCCAUAAAGUGUGUCGAUAUUGUGAUGAUCAACUUUAAAAUUCAUCUGAUUCUACAGUAGCUCAUAUCUGGACCAACCAGAAAUGUAUUUUUAACACAUUGCCAAACGGAAUAUACUAAUGGCUACCCAUUGUGUUCAGCGCUGGCCUUCCGAUGACCUAAUAUGUUUUGCUUUACAGGUCUAAUGUCUAAUACUUAUGUUCUCAUUGCUGAUCAUAUGCCGAAAGAAUAACUAUGAUGAACUUGUGCCUUUAAAAUAUGUUAAUUGAAGAACAGAUCCAGGAAGAGUAUCCGUCAUGUUUACAUACCCAUUGAAGAAUGUCUUUUUAUUACCAAUUAUUGGUUGAACGUCUUGGGACGAUUUUAGAAUUCAUGUCGUCACCUCAUUCUCUAAAUACAUGCAUCCCGACAAAAUGUAAUACAACAGCCUUUAGGUGCUCAAUAAAAUAUUGAACUUGAAAAUAUGUACAUUUAUAAUGCACAAAAUAUAUAUGAAUAAAAAUCACGUAUAUUAUAA